UAUCUGAGAAAGUCAAUGUCCAUAUCUUAAUUAUUAAUCACCAUGUCAUUAUUAUUGAUCUCUCCUCGCUUUUAUUUUUAUCUUCUCCUCAAAAACUUUGACUGUCUCAGUUAUGAGAAUUGGGUGAGUGCGGGGGAUUAAUUUCAUGGCAUUUUUUAAAUUAUUUUAUUUAUUUUGCUGCUACUCUGUUUUUGCUCUGUUUUUAGAGAAAUAAGAAACAGAGUCAGCGUGCGAGGAGAGAGAAACCAGAAGAGGAGAGAGAAAUUGGGGAUCUGCGUUUUGUUGACCAGGGGAAGAUCCCUCUCGUCUUCAGUAAAAUUCCCCAGCAUUUCAAUUAGGGUUUCAGUAUCCUCUUCUGAUCUUAUACGAAAAGGGUGAGGAGGAGAAAAUUUUGAGUAUCUCUUUCUUCUUCGUGUCGAAUAUCUGAUUUUAUUUUUAUUUUUUUGGGGGGGAGUUUGAAUUGUAGUGAAUUGAUUAAUUUAGAGUUCAAACGAGGUAACGCCCCCCGCAAAUUAGGGUUUUGGUGUCUUCUUUCGGUCUAGAAAGGGGGAAAGAGAGAGAGAGAGAGAGAGAGAGAGAGAGAGAGAGAAGGUUUUGAGUUCGUCGUUUCUUUUUGUGAGGAAUAUUUGAGUUCUAGGGUUUGAAUCUGUGAAUGAUUCGGUUUAAAAUGAGAUAAGAAGAAAUUGAGGGUUCCCCAAAUCUCUCUCUCUCAUGCAUAUUUCACUAUGGAAACCAAUUUCACACUGCGCUUCUCUAAUCCUCGAACAAAGGAAGAACGCCAAACCAAAGCUCCGUGGAAGCCCUGCGAGAGAGGCCUCUGAAGAUGGGCCCUCGCCAAACCCAAGCAUCGACGAUCCCUUCCUCUCCUCCGCCUCCGCCACGCCGAUUUCCCUCGUCGGCCGGUCCGCUCCUCUCCCGCACGCGCAAAAGGAAUUCCUCCAAGCCACCGCCCUGGCCGCUGACCACGCUUUCACGGACCCCGCAUCCAUCCCCGACCUCCGCGAGUCCUUCUCCAAGUUCAUCACCAUGUACCCCAAGUUCAAGAACUCUGAGAAGGUCGACGAGCUUCGCGCCGACGAGUACUCUCAUCUUGCUGAGGCUGGAGCCAAGGCGUGCCUUGAUUACUGCGGUUUCGGAUUGUUUUCUUAUAUUCAGAGUUUCCACCAGUGGGAGUCUUGUGCUUUUAGCUUGUCUGAGAUCACUGCUAAUUUGAGCAAUCAUGCACUGUAUGGGGGUGCUGAGGCUGGCACUGUUGAACAUGAUAUAAAGGUUAGGAUUAUGGAUUAUUUGAAUAUACCUGAAAAUGAGUAUGGGCUGGUUUUUACUGUGAGUAGAGGUUCGGCGUUCAAGCUUCUUGCUGAAUCUUACCCGUUUCAAACUAAUAAGAAGCUGUUGACGAUGUUUGAUCACGAGAGUCAGUCUGUGAAUUUGAUGGCUCAGUGUGCAAAAGAGAAGGGGGCAAAGACUUACAGUGCUUGGUUCAAGUGGCCAACGCUAAAGCUUUCUUCAAUUGAGCUGAGAAAGCAAAUAUCGACCAAGAAGAGAAGAAAGAAGGAUUCGGCGGUUGGCUUGUUCGUUUUUCCUGUUCAAUCUAGGGUUACGGGUGCAAAGUACUCGUAUCAGUGGAUGGCUUUGGCACAACAGAACAAUUGGCAUGUGUUGCUGGAUGCUGGUUCUUUGGGUCCUAAGGAUAUGGACUCACUUGGGCUUUCUCUUUUUAGACCGGAUUUCAUUAUAACUUCAUUUUAUCGGGUUUUUGGGUCUGACCCAAGUGGUUUCGGUUGCCUCCUAAUCAAAAAAUCGGUGAUGGGUUGUUUGCAGAACCAAAAUGGUGGAACUGGGUCGGGGAUGGUGAAGAUUAUUCCGGUGUUCCCUCAGUAUCUGAGUGAUUCAGUUGAUGGUUUGGAAGAAUUGGACGGGAUUGAGGAUGAUUUGAUCAAUGGAAACGAUGAGUCUUUGAUGCCAGGUACUAGCAAAGGAUCUCAAAUGCCAGCUUUUUCAGGUGCAUACACUUCGGCUCAGGUUCAGGAUGUGAUUGAGACUGAGAUGGAUCAUGAUAAUAGCUCAGAUAGGGAUGGGGCGAGUACAAUCUUUGAGGAAGAGAGUGUGUCCAUUGGAGAAGUUAUGAAAAGUCCAGUAUUUAGUGAGGAUGAAUCCUCUGAUCACUCUUUCUGGAUUGAUUUGGGUCAAAGCCCGUAUGGGUCAGAUCAUUCUGGUCAGCUGAAUAGAGGAGGGAAGUUGGGCUCUCCAUUGCCACCUUCUUGGUUCACUGGGAGAAAGACCCAGAAGAGACAGUCACCAAGACUUGCAACCAAGAUUUCAAGAAGUCCGAUAUAUGAUGAUCAUGUCGUGUCCUUUGAUGCGGCUGUUUUAGAAUUGGACAGGGUAAAAGAGGAUUCAGAAGAAGAAUCACAUGAACUAGGCAGGAAGGUGCAAAAUUUUCAUUACAGCAGUGAGAUUCAAGAAGAGCCUGAGACCAGGCCACAUACUGUGAAAUUCUCUUCUGCGAAUGGAUCAGUAGCCGAUAGCUCAGCCUCUAUCUUUGGUCAUCAUAUUUGUCAUGAGAAUGGCUCAACAUCUGAAGUAUGUCCAAAGACAAAAGAAAGUGCUAUCAGAAGAGAAACCGAAGGUGAAUUCAGACUAUUGGGAAGAAGAGAAGGAAAUGGCCGGUAUGGUGGAGGGAGGUUCUUCACUGUUGAAGAGAACGAGCAGGUUUUAAGCAUGGGGCAUAGAGUAUCCUUCAGUGUAGAUGACAAUAGACAUACUGAAAGAUUGAGUCAAGAAGCUGGGGAAGUCUCUGGACAGAACCAAGGAGACGAUGAUAAUGGUGCUAGCGAUGGUGAUGAUGAUGAUACCCAAGAAUGGGGCAGAAGGGAACCAGAGAUUGUUUGCAGACAUCUUGAUCAUGUGAACAUGUUGGGUCUCAACAAAACCACAUUUAGACUUCGGUAUCUGAUCAAUUGGCUGGUGACAUCUUUACUUCAGUUGAGGCUACCAGAUUUAAAUGGGGAAAAUGGUGAUCCUCUAGUAUGCAUAUAUGGCCCAAAGAUCAAGUAUGAGAGGGGUGCAUCUGUAGCAUUCAAUGUGAAAGAUAGCAGUGGAUCAUUAAUCAACCCGGAAGUUGUUCAAAGGCUUGCUGAGAAGCACGGCAUCUCUUUAGGCAUUGGCUUUCUUAGUCAUAUACGAGUUUUAGAGAAUCAGAAACAUGCGGCAGUUGAUAGUAAGAAUACCAUAAUCAGAGUGGAAGUCGUCACAGCGUCACUUGGAUUCCUCUCAAACUUCGAAGAUGUAUACAGAGUGUGGGCUUUUGUUGCGAGAUUUCUUGAUCCGGCUUUUGUUGAAGCUGGUAGACUAUCUACUGUUGAGGAAUCUGUGGAGACUUAGCAGUUGAAAUUGGUUUUUCUCAUAUUCUUUCAAGCUUCAAGGGUGAUGCAUGGCCUCUUGUGCAGCUUGGUUAACCACAAAUAUGGUUUGAUCAAGAGAUGCUGGGACCCAUAGAACAGGAGGAUGGUCUAAUGUUUUGUUUAUUCCUUUUGCGUCCUUGCUGAGGUGAUAGCUUGUGUUAAGGAGUUGGAUUUAUUUAUUCUUGGCGCAUUCCUCAUUGUAUGUAUCUUUUUCGCCAUUUCAUAUAGAUUUUGCUUGGAGA